UUCAUAGCGUAACGAAAAAGGACCAUGUAAACAAUCUAGUGUGACCAAACAGGGUUAUAUUACCGCUAGCAACCACUUUACAGCGAGACCUCUUUAUAAUAUCUGCCUUGUAUAAGGGAGAAAGAAGACACUUCUUGACUACGCAGUUGAAAAUUCGUUAAGGACAAAACGCCAUUUGGAGUAAACUAUGACUUCCAACAGACGUAGAGCGACUUCUCCAAGCGCGGACGAAAAUAGCAACCAACUGAGAAUUGUUAUAUCGUUGUUGUAACCCGCUGUGCCCUACAGUAAACAAAACCUAUAACCACGGAGUCAUGACAGGCACAGCGAGCCGGGGACGGGGGAACUGGCUGACGUCACUGCGGGUUCAGAAGGCCUACAGACUGAACAACAAUGAGAACGCGCGAUUAAAUAACAGAUACGGUGCGCUAGAAAAGGAACACAUCUAUGCCCUGCGCGGUGUGAACCAAGAAAUACGUCUACUGCGCAUCAUCCUAAACAAAAUACAGGAGUCCAGUGGAAUAAGUCCGGAGGGCUGGAGACCAGAAGAUGACCACCUGGAAUCCCCGCGGCUCCGCACGCCUAGCACGGCCGGCACUCCGCUGUACAUGUACGGGGACCGCGUGGGGUCCCGCCACGUCAAGAGAACCAACCGCACCGCCAUGUGCAUGGGACGGCAGAUGACGAAAGGAAAACACGAAGGUCCUGAUGAUGAGGAGGAUUCUCCCGAAAUCCAAGAUGGCGACGACGAAAAGGACCCGGAUGCUGGAAUCCAAGAUGGCGAUUCUGUGGGCAGAGAUGAGGGGAAGGAGAGGCCAAGGUCAGUGCGUUUUGCAGGCGACAGAAAUAGAAACGGGACGCCUUCUGUUAACUCAACUAUCCGCGCCGCCACAGCAAAACCGGCUUUGAAACAUGACACCCAGAAGACAAAAGAUGGGCUUAAAGAUGAGGACAAAAAUAGCACGGAUGGUACUGAACAAAAUCCUAAUAGGGUGCUAGAGAGGAGGCCAUCCGAGAGGAGACUGGCAGACGAAAGACGCAAGUCUCUCUCCAGAGUUCCAAGCGUCAGGAGAUUUACCCAGAGUGCAACGCCCGCGCAUGCUCGGUACGGCCCGCCAGUUUUCACUCGCGUUCCAGCGCAGCACCAGAGGCCGGGGACGUCACCGGAGGGGCAGAAGAAACACCGGCGGCGGAAAUCAGCCAAGUCCGACCGCUCAUCCGGAGACGAGUCCUCCCGCCCUUCAUCCCCGAUCCUGAGGCGGGAAAAACUGGUGGUGAAGAUCUGGGACCGGGUCAACCCUCACGACGCCAAGCAAGAAAUCCACAAGGAGGAAAUCGUGAAGGUAGGGUCAAAGGUCAACAACUUCUUGUCCAUGCUGGAGGAAGAGUUUAAAAGGAACGCGGCGGACGAAGCCUUGAGGGAAAGAGAGAGGCUGCGACCGAAAUCAGCCUCCACCGUUUACUCUGAAGACGGUUGGUGAUUCUGCCAUUCAGCCAUGAACAUUUAGGUGGUCCUUACCGUCCGUCCGUCUAGUCCCAUGACCGACACUGGUCGUCGGGGGGACAAGGCAGACUUUGCAGCAGAGGUGUAGCCAGGUCUUCCUGUCUUGGGCUGCUGUCAGGAGUUGUGGGACGGUGAGGGACGUCCAGUCCUUGAUGUUUUUCCUUACAAUAGCUUUUAAAAAGGGUGCACUUCAAACUUAUUCCGGUAGGAGGCGAGCGAGAUGUUUAGAAUAAGCCAAACUCGGGACUCUUUAUCGGACUAUCAUAGGCAAUAGACUAACUACUAGACGUGUAAUAUCCCAAUACUCUAAACGUGUGGACUAGAUUCUCAGGAAAAUAUAGACACUGACUGCUAGAAUCGUCAUGUAUUUUGCGUGAAUGUUAUGACAAAAUGUAUUGCUUUUAACGUUUUGUUUUUGCUGUAUUUUGUGCAUGGCUUUAUUGGUUCAUGGCACUUUGAAUAUUUUGUAUAUGAAGCAUUUGGAAUGACGUUUUUUCCAUGACAGAAUGUUUGACAGAGACAUAUUAUUAAUAUUACGUCAAAUGUAAGAGAAGGUUGUAAUUCUACCGUUUUCAAAAUGAUUUGUGAAAGGCGUGGAUUUUGACUAAGUAAGCAAAUGCAAGAAUAGAAGAGAACGUAGAGGAAUGGAUGUGAUAAAGUAGGUAGAGAUACUGACCGCAGAUACAAAAUACAAAAAAUAAAAUUCAUCGCUACCCAAAUUAUGCCAGACUGUUCUCAUGGCCAAUAUGUACACAGGGCAGCGCCAAGAAGGCC